AGAUCAUAAUAAAUCAGCGUUAAAAAAAAAAAACGAAGCUUGUAUUAUAUUUAUAAUAAUUAGCUACCAGUGCACCAGAGUUGAGUAAUCUUACAACUUGUAAUUAAUCUAAAUGUUCCUCAUUCCCUAUUUUACUAAUGACUUUGGUUGAGGAUGAUGAGAUCACAUAUUUAUAAAGGGAAAUAUAUCAGAAGUGACUGAUAUUCAGGAGUUUCUUCGAGUAUCUUGUGUUUCCUUAUCAUGUUUCGAAUCACAGUGAGGGAACCAGUGGCCAAGGGGUAGUAAACUUGGCGCUGGAGGAACUCAAGAAACUCUACCCACAAGCCUUGACAUUGAAAGAUCAUUGUUUACUUUCUGCACAAUUUUACUUAGGUUAAUGAUAAGCCUUUGUUGCUUCAAAUAAGCGUGUUAGGUGAGUAAACUAACCAAAGAUGUGAUGUGGUUCUCUUGUUUCCCUGACAGCAUUAAAUUUAGUUAAUUAAGUAAAAAAAAAAAAGCAGAGUGACAUGUAUACAUAAUCUGAAGAACACAAAGUCAUUAUGUUAACAUUUACAGUUGUGAAAUUGAAAAUUGCUUGAAAAACUCUACGAGAAGCAGAGGGUUUAUUAAUUAUAUUGUGUACUAUAAAUUUUGCAUAAGUAGGUAUAAAAAAAAUUAAUUUGGAAAUAUAAUCUAUUAAAUAUAGUAUAGUUAAGUUUUUAAUUCUAUAAGUAAAAUAGGGUUUAGUAUAGUCAAGUUUUUAAUUUUAUAAGUAAAAUAUGGUAAACAAAAUUUUAAUUUACGAUAUAUAGAAAAUAUUUUCUUUACAGUCUAUGUAUAUAAAUUAUUUAAAAGACAAGUUAGAAGAUGAUUAAAAAGAUUUAGGAACUAUUAAGUAUUUUUUUAAAUAUCUAGUAUCCAUUAUAUGAAGAACACAAAAUCCCUUUGUAUGUAUAAUAAUUUAACUACUAGCCACUUCUUCAAGGCUAAUUUGGUAAAUCCGUUUGGUCAGUAAUCCUCCAGGGUGAAUGUGCUUUUAUGAAUAUGUACAGAAAAAUGUCGUAUUUCCUGUUAGGCUUGGAUCAUUUACCCGGACCGAAGAGCCAAACCAGAACUGACCUAAAAAGCCGGUUCGGAUCGGGUACAUGUAAACCCAUUUUAUCUUAUAGGGUCUAAUUUCUGAAGACGUGCAGUUCUUAGAUCCGAUUCAAACCACACCCUAUACCCGAUCAGGUAUUAGUGGACUAGAGUUUUAAUAACCACCCUACCCUAUACUAUCUAUUGAUUUCUACUUGCUCGAUUUACCAUUAGUUCCCUUUGUUCGUUUACACUCCCCCCAAAAUAGAUUAAAACAAAGAGAUUAUCGAUUUAUAAAUUGUAAUUCCAAAACCAAACGGCAAACACCGUCAAACUGGAAUCCCUUAAGAAUCAAGUUCAUCAGAUUCUAAAUCAGAGCCUAACCCUAACGGCUCCUUCAUUAGCGUCUCGAAAUCGAUUGAGGGUAAGUCUCUAACUUUUGUUUUAAUUCUUGUUUAUGGUUUUGGUUUAAUCUGAGUCUAAGAUUAUUGUGUUCCUUGCUUUCGAAUUGUUUUUUGUUUAGGGUUUAAUAUUUCUAGGUCGAUUCCGACUUCAAAUUUGAUUAUGUUGUUGUUUGUUCUUUGGUUUAAUUUAACUUCUUGACUGCUUAGAGAAAUGAGAUAUCAAAAGAGUGUUCAACAUAACUAUAGAUAAUGCCACAUCAAACAGUUUAGCAAUGAGAAACUUUAAAGAAGCUUUUAAGGAAAAAAAAAUGGAGAUGAGACAUUGGUUUCAGAUGGCCGGUUUAUGCAUUUUUGUGUGCUACUCCUACACUCAAUCUGAUUGUUGGAGAAGGUUUGCAGGAGAUAGACAGCAGUGUAAACUGCAUUCGUAUUGCCAUUCAUUUUUUGAGGUCUUCAACACCGAGGUCCUUUAAGCAGGGUGUAGAGUCAGGAAGAAUUCAAAGAGGAAACUUACCUUUAGGUGUGAAAACAAGGUGAAAUUGCACAUGUAUGAUGCUAGAACAGGCUUUGAAAUUUAAGGUGGAUUUUGACAAGAUGGAAGCCUAGGAGAAGUCCUAUAAAGACUACGUCAACGAAACUGUGGAGGAAAAAAACGACUUGGACCAUCAAGCAAAGAUGCUUGGGAAACAGUUAAUAGUUUAGUCCAAUUUUUAAUAAUUUUCCACAAAGCUACUUUGGUUAUGUCUGCUACAAAUUUGGUUUGUACGCAUAAGUUGUUUACUGCAAUCAUCACCGUAACGAGGAACAUUACUGGAUUAAUUAAGCACGUCUUCUAGUUCAGAUGGAAUUUUAAAGUUUAAGGGAGCAACCAUGUUAAGGAAACUAGGAAAGUAUUGGGGUCCAUUUGGGACAAAUUUUGAGAUGAAUAAGCUUAGUAUUGUUGUUGGUGUUCUUGACCCAACAAAGGAAAUGAAUUUUUUCACAGAGUGUUUUUUGAAGUUUAUGGAGCAGGUUCAGUUCUGAUUACUCAUUUGAAUGAUGAAGUAGAAGACAUUUUGAGGAGUUUGUUUGAUGAUCAGUACAACAACAAUGGCACUGUUGGUGGUUUGGUUGCAUCAGUUCAUCGUCAGUCUCAAGGAGCAUCUUCUGAAUCUCAGUCACAAGAUCAAUUUGGAGAUGAAGUAUCUCAGAUAACAGUACUUGGGAACGGGCUUGUCUAUGAGCGCAUGAAGGACAUCUACAACGAGCAUGUUCGAGAAACAUGAUUUUAAAAAAGAAAAAGAUAGAUAUGUAUUUGAAAGAGAAUGUGGAUAAUCCAAAUCUUAUAGAUGGUUCAGAGUAUGAUGUAUUCUCAUAUUGGAAGGUUAAUCAUGCAAAGUAUAUGGUUUCACUCACUAGUAGCUAGGGAUAUAAUUGCAAUGCAAGUGUCUUCUGUAAAAUUUGAAUUUGCCUUCAGCCCUAGUGGCCGAGUUUUAGACUCAAGCAGAAGCUUCUUAACACAGUAUAUGAUAGAAGUAUUAAUGUGUACCGAGCAGUGGCUCAAAUGUGAGAUUAAACUCAAAGGAAAAGGAGUCAUAAGAAAGAAACAAAUGCUUAAGCAAUUAGAGAUGUAAGAUAAUCUUAUAAGAUGUAUAAUUUAUGGUUUCUAUCUCCUUCUUUAUAAUUACAUCUCUAUAAUAUUUGUGUUACGUUUUCAUUCUUGAUAAUUAAAUUAAUUCUUGUUGUUUUAAAUUUCAGAUGUUGAAUGGAGAUAGAAGAUAAAUUUUAAAUGUUGCUGCUCAUAAUUCAUAAGUACCGAGACCGAGUUAUCACUUUGUUAUUGUUUUUGGUUUGUUCUUUAUGUUUUUGGUUGUUCUUUAUGGUUUUGAAUUGCCACUUGAUCAGUUUUUAUGUCGACUAUUUGGUAAAAUUUAUAUAUUAAAACUAUGUUUUUAUUCUUUUGAAUUUUGUGUUGAAAUUUGCAGGUUUAGUGUUAUCAGGUUACAUGUUUUCGGGUCCAAUUUCGGGUAUAGGGUAAGAUAUACCCAAAUUGUACCCAAAAUGUAUAAAUGGACCUGAAAUUUUCACAUAAACCGAUUCAAAAUUCUGAUUUGAAAAUUAUAAAUUUUGAAAUUUUUACUAGUUGAUGUAGGUGAGUGAACACAAAUACAAAAAACACAGUGCAUGAACACAUGUACUUGAUGAGGAUUUGUGAAACUGAUUUGGAUUGGGUUUUGUGUAGAUGCAUGUAUGUGGAUCCGAAGAUGUGCAUUUUGCGUGUGUGUUUGUCAUUUGGAAAAUUGUAUGUAGAGAAUUUUGAGCGAUCAAACAUAGAAACCCCUCCACAUUGAUAUGGAACGUCAAACGAUUUAUUAAAUAUAUAUCUACAACAAAACAUUUAUGGUCCUUGCAUGUGGUGAUAUGCAUUGAGUAAAUGUUCAUAUGUUGUAAUGGAUGUGUAUACAUGGAUUCGUUAUUGAGAAUUGAUUGAUGCAUUGUGUCUUUUUUUUACAACAUAAGAGGCUAUUAGCCUAUGAAACCACCGGUUUAGAUAGCCAAACCGAGGGUAGUGAAUCGACAUAUAACAUAGCUGAAGGAGAACUCUUUGCACCACGUGCAAGCUUGUCCGCCAUUGUGUUUUGUGUCCUUGGAAUAUGUCUGAUCUUGAAGUUAGGGAAAAAAGUCUUACUACGGUAGAAUUCUUCCAUGUGUAUAGCAAACGCUGACCAUUCUUCAGGUGAGGACACCAUCUUCACAGAUUGAGAAAAAUCCGUCACAAAUACUACAUCUGAGAACUGCAGGGUCUUCAUACACUCCAUUACCUAAAUCAAGGCUUCACAUUCAGCAUGCAAAGAUGAUAGGCUUCGUUGAAGAUUCAUUGUAUCUUUAAUCCUAACAUUUACAUAAGAAUCUCUAUUAGGUGAUAAAAAACAUAAAGUGCAAGCAAAAAAAUUUGACAUAUGAGUGGAUUGAUGUUUUGUAGACGGGUGUUCUAUGGACAUAUAACUUGUGGAUGGUUUGGUUUAAUAAAAAAUAGUUUUUGAUAUUUUUUUUACUUUUAAGUGAAUUUUAUUUUGUUUUUAGUCAGUUUAAAGUUAUAUGGUUCAUAAUUAGCCAAUUAAAACCAUGAUCUAUGGAUAAUUAAUUUUGAAUUAUCAGUUUGGAGAAAAAUAAAUUUGUAAUUAUUAGUUCCUAGAUAAAGAUUUAAUAUAUAAUAAUUCCUUAAAAUAUAUAUAUAUAAUAGUUCUUGUAGGUAAAUAGAUUGUCUAUCCUUGUAUAUCCAUGUAUUUCUCAAAAAAAAAGUUGUGUGUUUGCAUUUAAAAUUCUCUUAAUCCUCCAUGUGAACGUACCUUUAUGAAUAUGUGCAGAAGAAAUGUCGUCAUUACUUUUGUGAAAUUGUAAAUUCUCCUCGAAAUCUCUAGGAGAAGCAUAUGGUUCGCAAUUGGCGCCAUUUUUAAAUUUAGGCGGCGAAAAAAUGUUGCCUUUCGGUAAUAUAUGACUAACAUUAGGGGUAGAAAUGUCAAUUCCGAUUAUUAGUCUCUUUUAACUAUUAUACAAAGUUGCGUUUUUCUUGUCAAUCAAUUUGACACAGUGAAAAGAUUUUCUUUUUGGUUAGCCAAUAAUAAACUAAUGCUUCCUUCUCUGUGAAGUUUCCUCGACUCUUUAUAAAAGACUCACUCUACACUCCAAAGAGAAAACCAUACAACAAGAAGUGAACAAAACACAAAACACAGAGAAAAAUGGAAAACAGAACUAGUCAGCAUGUUAACGGUGGCGAUCAAGCUCCUUCACGGUCAGAGAACACUCUUCCUGGUCCUGUUGAAGCAAUUUUGGAGGAAGUCUACAGGAAACACAAUCUUGGUCCGAUAAGUGAUGAGACUAGGCAGAGACUGUCUUUGUUUUCUGAGGAGUUGGCUUCUGAUACUCUCAGGAAAGUCUUAAACUCGCAGCAAGUGAAGACGACCCACAAUAGAUUCAUCAACUUUUUGCUUGACCAGGCCACUAAUGGCUCUCCACAGUCUCCUGCUGCAAGACACCGUCUUCGUCUUCGAGAAGAGAUGUCUCUUGACUCUGAAGCUCCUUCUCCAAAGUGUAUGAAAAGAGAAAGCUAUGGAGGAUCUCAGCACAUUCCUCCUGAGAUCUUAGCUUUGGGUGAACUUGAGUUUAAGAAGGCGUUUCUGUUGCUUAGCUACAUUCCUGGGAAAUCGCUGGCUCAGGUUAUAACUGCUGAUGAGAUCAGGCAGUGGAGGGACUUGUCUAUGGUUGCAUAUGAGGCAGUGGUCUGGGAGCGCUUGGGAAAGGAUUCUUGUUCCCCAACAGACCGUAGAGUGGCACUUGAAUGGGAUAGUGGGAAGACUCAUUAUUAUCAGUGUCAUGUUGCUUUGGACGGAAGUUACACACUCAAGGGCCCUCUUCUUGAACCCACUGGAACACACCUGCACAAGGUCUUGGGUGAUGAUAAUGUGUUGACUGUCAAGUUUGAGGAUGUCCCUAAGAACUCGUCAACCUAUAGUAAUGACCCUUACUCUGCAUACAAAAGGAUUGCCAAGAAGGGUAUCAUGAUUGGGUUACGCCGUUAUCAAUUUUUUGUUUUCAAAGAUGGAGGGAAAGAAGAGAAGAAGAAAGACUUUUCUACAAAAGGAGUGAAAUGCUACUUUAUACGCACAGACUCUACAUCUUCGAAUGACUUGGGAGAUCCCUAUAUCUUUUCAUGGAAGUCAAUCCAUGAAGCUCGUAUGCAUUUUAUGCAUGUCCACACAUUGCCAUCCCUGGCCAAGUAUAUGGCAAGGUUUCCGUUAAUUCUUUCAAAGACUAAGAAGCUUGAAGUUGACAUGACUCGGAUUAACUUUGAAGAAAUAGAUGAUAUAAACUGCCAUUUGCAGGAUGAGAAUGAUAAAGAUGUUCUUGAUAAGAAUGGGAAACCUCGUAUACAUUCAGAUGGAACUGGCUACAUCUCUGAGGACCUGGCUCGGAUGUGUCCAGUAAAUAUAUUUAAGGGAAAAUGCCUCAGGAGUGAUAGUGUUCAGGUGCAGGGAGCUUGUAAACAAGACCCGCCUCUUCUGAUCCAGUUCCGGAUGUUUUAUGGGGGCUAUGCUGUUAAGGGAACUUUUCUCUUGAACAAGAAACUUCCUCCUCGGACUGUCCAGGUUCGACCUUCUAUGAUCAAGGUUUCUAAAGAUCGAGAUUUGUCAAAUUCUAGCACCUUUGACUCUUUGGAGGUAGUCACUACAAGUAAUCCACCUAAAAGAGCAAGGCUAUCGAGAUACUUGGUUGCGCUGCUUAGCUAUGGAGGAGUCCCUGAUGUAUUCUUUUUGAAUAUACUGCGCAACACGUUGAAAGAGUCAAAAACCACUUUCAACAACAAGCGAGCUGCUCUUGAAGCUGCCCUUAACUAUGGAGAUAUGGACGAUCACAACGCUGCACAAAUGAUUUUGGCUGGUAUCCCACUUGACGAGCCACACUUGAAGGAUCAUUUGAAUAUUCUUUUAAAUAUUCUUUCAAAAACAGAGAAGAAUGAUCUCAAAGCAGGAAGGCUUCCUGUGAGUGAAUCAUACUAUCUCAUGGGUACAGUUGAUCCCACUGGAGAGUUAAAGGAAGAUGAAGUCUGUGUCAUCCUUGAGUCUGGCCAAAUCUCAGGGAAUGUGCUAGUUUACAGGAAUCCUGGACUACAUUUUGGAGACAUACAUGUACUUAAGGCUACUUAUGUUAAGGCCUUGGAGGAGUAUGUUGGAAACUCAAAGUAUGGUGUGUUCUUCCCUCAGAAAGGUCCAAGAUCUUUGGGUGAUGAGAUUGCAGGUGGUGACUUUGAUGGUGAUAUGUAUUUCAUCUCAAGAAAUCUGGAGCUACUUGAACACUUCAAACCAAGUGAACCGUGGGUGAGUUUGACUCCUCCUAAUAACAGUAACUCUGCUAAAAAGCCAAGCCAGCUUUUACCAGAAGACUUGGAAGAAGAGCUUUUCAAUAUGUACUUGAAGACAAGAUUCCAUGCUAGCAAUGUCGUAGGGAUGGCUGCUGACAGCUGGUUGACAAUAAUGGACAAAUUCCUCACAGUAGGAGAUGAGAAGGCUGAGGAAAAAGCUGAAAUGAAGAAGAAAAUGUUAAAGCUGAUUGAUAUAUACUAUGAUGCUCUUGAUGCACCCAAGAACGGUGCAAAAGUUGAUCUCCCAGACGAGCUGAAGCCUGAUGUUUUUCCACAUUACAUGGAGCGAGAUCAGAAAUUCAAGUCUACUUCCAUUCUUGGAAAGAUUUAUGACUUUGUUAAUUCACAGACAGCAGGGGAACACACACCAUUAUCUGAAAUCAAUAAACUCUCAUGUUUCAAAGAUGAGCCGGUCUCUGAUUUUCAUAUGGAGAAAUAUGGACGGUGGUAUGAUGAUUACAGAAGGGAGAUGAGCAAGGCGUUGAGUAACAAAGCUGAAUCAGCCAGUGAAGUUAUUCAGAGACACAAGCAGGAAAAAAAUGAAUCAGCCAGUGAAGUUAUCCAGAGAUACAAGCAGGAGUUCUAUGGUGCUGCUGGGUUUAAAGACAGCAAGAAAAGUCUUGAAGAGCUUUAUCUGCAAGCCUUGGCACUUUACAACAUCGCUUACGACCAUGCAAUCAAAAUGAAAAAGGUUAGGAACUGUGGUUUUGUCUGGAAGGUUGCAGGACCGGUGCUGUGCAAGUUCUACCUAGAGAAAACGCGGGGGGAAUCCUUCGUAUCUUCACCUGCUGUGCUUAAAGAGCUUUGGGGAUGAACACAAAGUACUUGUUAUCUUCUUUUAGUAUUAAUAAGCAUUUUGAUGUGGUAUCAUCAUGUAACAUAAGAAGCGUGUGGGUCAAGUAUCUUACCUUGGUAAAAACGUAAUGUAUCCGUUUAAAAUGUGGUGUAGUAGUUCCUUUUGUUUUUAGUUCUAAGUCUACCCUUAUCAUCUACUUUUUGAUACUUUCGUGUGUGCAUUUGCUUAUGAAUUCUCUUGUAAUAAAAUUAUGUUAAAUAAUAAUGAACCUUUAACUAAA